GUUAUUAAUAACCGAAUAUUUAUUUCCUGUACACAGCAUUUCAGAGAGAGACAGUGAGUGAGAAAGAGAGAGAGACGUUGCUUUCUUACCACCGCCACCGUUCAACUUCCGGUCUCCCCCGUCGCAAAAACCUCUUAACUUUUCCCAUUUUCCGGUCACUAGCUACCGCUUCGCUUCUCCGUCCGGUCACUGUGUUCUGUUUUUUUUUCCUUCUUCUUUUAACCGUUUUGAAAUCCUUUCUUAUACAACACAACACUCUUCAACUUAUUGCUAUUUUCUUCAACUUUACUACUUCACUGUUUCUCUUCGUUUUCGUUACUUUUCCUCUUUCUGCUACUUUCUCACUUUCCUCUUUUACCCAUUUUUUUAUCCUCAUUUUCAAAUCUACCCCUUUUGUUAUUUAACCUUACUUUCAAGCUAGGUUCUACUUUUUCAUUCCAAAUUUAGACGCUUUAACACUCUUACUUUGUUUUUCUCACUUCAAUUUCAGAUGGGUGUUUAAUGUUAUUCAAAAUAAUACCUUCAUCCAAAAUGAGUGUUAUGAGAGUUUAUCUUUUAUGCUUGUUCUUCCUGUUUCUGGUGACUGUGACAGCAGUGAAAGCUGUGAAUCCGUCUUUAAACGACGACGUUUUGGGGUUGAUUGUGUUCAAAGCGGAUAUAAAAGAUCCAAAAGGAAAGUUAACAUCUUGGAAUGAAGAUGAUGAAAGUGCUUGUGGUGGUAGUUGGGUUGGUGUGAAAUGUAACCCUAGAUCUAAUAGAGUUGUGGAGGUUAAUCUUAAUGGGUUUUCUUUAUCCGGAAGAAUUGGUCGUGGGUUGCAACGGUUGCAGUUUCUUCGUCGGCUUUAUUUGGGGAAUAAUAAUCUUACUGGGAGUAUAAAUGCAAAUAUUGCUACUAUUGAUAACCUUAGGGUUCUUGAUUUGAGCAAUAAUAAUCUUUCUGGAGUUGUGCCUGAUGAUUUUUUUAGACAAUGUGGGUCUAUGAGAGUUGUUUCUUUGGCUAGGAACAGGUUUUCUGGGAAUGUUCCUUCGAGUUUAGGUUCAUGUGCAGCUAUUGCUACUAUUGAUUUGUCUUUUAACCAGUUUUCGGGGAAUGUUCCGAAGGGGAUUUGGAGUUUGAGCGGACUUAGGUCUCUUGAUAUGUCUGAUAAUUUGUUGGAAGGUGAGGUUCCAGAAGGUGUUGAGGCGAUGAAGAAUUUGCGGAGCAUUAGCUUGGCUAGGAAUAGUUUUUCUGGGAAGAUACCAGAUGGUUUUGGGAGUUGUUUGCUUUUGAGGUCUAUUGAUUUUGGUGAUAAUUCUUUCUCUGGUAGUGUACCUAGUGAUUUGAAGGAAUUGGUGUUGUGUGGUUACUUUAGUUUGCAUGGAAACGCUUUCUCUGGAGAUGUUCCGGACUGGAUUGGAGAAAUGAAGGGGCUUCAGACAUUGGAUCUUUCUCAAAAUAGAUUUUCUGGUUUGGUACCAAACAGUUUAGGAAAUAUUUGGUCAUUGAAAACGUUGAAUCUUUCAGGAAAUGGUUUCACUGGUAAUCUACCCGAGUCCAUGGUGAAUUGUACAAACCUCUUGGCCUUGGAUGUUAGCCAGAAUUCAUUGUCUGGCGAUCUUCCAUCAUGGAUUUUCAGGUGGGAUUUGGAGAAGGUUAUGGUGGUUAAAAACAGAAUAAGUGGUAGGGCGAAAACCCCUUUGUAUUCCUUGACUGAAGCUUCUGUUCAGAGUCUUCAAGUUUUGGAUUUAUCUCACAAUGCAUUUUCUGGUGAAAUCACUUCUGCUGUUUCUGGUUUAAGCAGCUUGCAGGUUUUAAAUUUAUCAUAUAACUCUCUUGGAGGUCAUAUUCCGGCUGCAAUCGGUGAUUUGAAAACGUGUUCUAGUCUUGAUUUGAGUUAUAAUAAGCUAAAUGGAAGCAUACCUUCGGAAGUUGGUGGAGCUGUUUCCUUGAAAGAACUGAGUUUGGAAAACAAUUUCCUUAUCGGGAAAAUUCCAAUAUCAAUUGAGAAUUGUUCUUCAUUAAAAACUUUGAUUCUGUCGAAGAACAGGCUGAGUGGGUCGAUACCUUCAGCAGUUGCAAGUCUCACCAACCUGAAAACUGUGGACUUGUCAUUCAACAACCUUACUGGAAACCUUCCCAAGCAAUUGUCCAACCUUCCCAAUCUCAUAACCUUUAAUUUAUCUCACAACAACCUUAAGGGUGAACUACCGGCUGGUGGUUUCUUCAACACCAUUUCACCUUCGUCCGUUUCUGGCAAUCCAUUUAUUUGUGGCUCUGUUGUGAACAAGAAAUGCCCUGUUAAACUCCCAAAGCCUAUUGUUCUGAAUCCCACCAACUUUUCACCUGACUCUGGCCCUGGAUCACCUACUCCAACAUUGGCUCAUAAGAGAAAUAUCCUCAGCAUUUCAGCACUCAUUGCCAUUGGUGCAGCUGCUUUCAUUGUUAUUGGUGUCAUUGGCAUAACUGUUCUCAACCUCCGUGUUCGGUCCACCACAUCUCGAUCUCCAGCUGCUCUUGCUUUUUCUGCAGGGGAUGAGUACAGCCGCUCGCCAACCACAGAUGCCAACUCCGGCAAGCUUGUCAUGUUUUCAGGUGAACCUGAUUUCAGCUCUGGUGCUCACGCUUUGCUUAACAAGGAUUGCGAGCUUGGGCGUGGAGGAUUUGGGGCUGUCUAUCAAACAGUUCUAGGAGACGGGCGUUCAGUUGCAAUAAAGAAGCUCACCGUGUCAAGCCUUGUCAAGUCUCAAGAAGAUUUCGAGAGGGAAGUGAAGAAAUUAGGAAAAGUCAGACACCAAAAUCUCGUUGAACUCGAAGGCUAUUAUUGGACUUCAUCACUACAACUUCUCAUAUACGAGUUUGUCUCCCGUGGUAGCCUUUACAAGCAUCUCCACGAAGGAUCAGGCGAAAGCUUCCUUUCAUGGAACGAGAGGUUUAACGUCAUUCUCGGUACAGCAAAGGCCUUAUCUCACUUGCACCACUCCAACAUUAUUCACUACAACAUUAAGUCAACCAACAUCCUUAUCGAUAGCUACGGUGAACCUAAAGUAGGAGAUUACGGCCUAGCGAGAUUACUACCAAUGCUUGACCGCUACGUCUUGAGCAGCAAAAUUCAGAGCGCGCUCGGCUACAUGGCACCAGAGUUUGCCUGCAAAACAGUGAAAAUUACCGAAAAAUGCGAUGUUUAUGGGUUCGGAGUCUUGGUUUUGGAGACUGUGACAGGGAAGAGGCCUGUAGAGUAUAUGGAAGAUGAUGUGGUUGUGCUUUGUGACAUGGUUAGAGGAGCAUUGGAUGAAGGGAGGGUAGAGGAAUGCAUUGAUGAAAGACUACAAGGGAAGUUCCCAGUAGAGGAAGUGAUUCCUGUGAUUAAGCUUGGUUUGGUAUGUACUUCACAAGUACCAUCUAAUAGGCCAGAAAUGGGUGAAGUAGUUACCAUAUUGGAGCUUAUAAGAUGCCCCUCAGGCUCAGAAGGACAAGAAGAGUUGUCAGGAUGAAUUGAAUUAACUUGAUGGUUUCUUGAUUAGGAGAUUAGAACAGACAAUGAAUGGAUUAUUCGGCGAAGAUGAAUCCGGUUUUAAUUAAUUAAUUAUUAAUCAAAGAGACAGAGAAAUUGUAUUAUUUUCAAUGUAAUUUAUUGUUGUUAGUAUUUAGUAAUUUGUUCUUUUUAAGAUUUCUCUGCUGUUGUCCUAUUACUGGUGUUACUAUUGCUACAUUUAGGAUGCUGGAUUCUUUUUCACCGGGGUUCCAAUCUGGAUCAAAUUUGAAAAUUGUACCUGUUUGCUCAAUCGCUGUUGUUUCAUAGUCCAAUUUGGCAAUUUGUU